AUGACGACUCCUGGAAGAACUAAAGAGCUUUCACGAAUUUUCCAUCACAUAAGCGAAGGCGGGCAAAUGAUCACUGCUAGAACAAUAAAGAAGUACUUAGGCCGCGAUGUGAAUACUGACAUGCUUCCUUCAACUAUCAACAAAGAUGACUUCAUUGAUGCAUUUGAUGCUGAACUUUUGCGUUUGAAAGACCAAGAGGACUAUUUAAUUUAUCAAAUAAGCCAAUACAAAAGUAAAACAAGAAAACACCUGCAGAGCCAAGGUGACAGAGAUGAAUACGGUUAUAAUGGCAUCAUGGAUGGAAGCAAAUUCGAGUUUAUCGUUGAAGAAGCUCGCGACCUCCCUGCAAUGAACACGAAUAACACAGCAGAUUCAUUUUUUACUGUAAAAAGUGAUGACGAACUAUUUUUUCAGUCACAGCUGAUUGUUGAUUCUGCUGAACCAGUUUGGAACGAAAAAGUCUCAAUCCCAGUGACCUCAAAAAGCCAUUUGAUUGAGUUCGAGCUGUGGGAUGACGACUCAAACCCAGAACUUAUAGGUUCUUUUGUUAUCGAGCUUGAGACUUAUGAAGACCAACAAGUCCAUUGCAGGUGGUAUGAUUUGGAAGGGCCUGAAGGAAUAAGCAGCGGAGAAGUCAAGAUAACUGGGCAGUGGAUUUAUAGCAUGACGAGGUUUCAUAACGCCUGCCUUGACAAAUAUGAUAGAAACAUCACUCAGUGUGAGAAACUCCUGUCCCAAGUGACUGAACAUCUUGAAAACUUGUAUACUCUUGAUGGCAAAGAGCUGCUUUCAGCCUGACUAGAUCCUCCAUCACUCACCUUGAUUUCAUCAAAAUCAAGAAAAGGGAAACACUUUUUAAGUAUCCCGUGCUCGAGGCAUGGAUCACUUCUAGGCACUCCAAGGUCCAAAGCACGAAAGAAUACAAGAUAUAUAAAUAUCAAAGACUCUUUCAGUAGCCCAAGGCUGCCAGAAUCUGAUCGCUACAACAGUUUUCUGGAUGAGGAAAAGCCUUAUGAAAGGCAGCCUUUUAAAUUCGACUUCUUAGCAAUAGGUAUGUACUUGAGCACCAAGUAA